AUGCAAAGCAUCGCGAUUCGCGAUACGGCGGCGAGUCAUGGUACUUCUCGUCAAAGUGAAGUGCUUCGGCAAGUUUUUUUGUUGGUCGGGAUCGCUUCAGGUGUCGUGAUUGCUGGCAUAUACGUCGCGCAUGAGUUUGUGUUGACCUCGGCGAUUAGUUCUUAUGUUUUUACAACCUGUGGCUUGGUGUUGUUGACUAAUUUGCUUCGUGUAACGACUGGCUUUGCUCAGGGGGCGAAGGCGAUACGCGAGAUCUACUUCGUUCUGAUGCUGGUUACCGGGGCGGGCGUUAUUCUGCAUGUUGUGUUGACGAAGUUGUAUGGUAUCCAAGGCUGGAUGGCCGCUCGUUAUCUUGGUGAGUUCUUUUGUCUCGCUGCCGUUUGGUGGAAGCUGCGAGCGCAUAUCUUUCUGGCGCUUGAUUUUCGCCAGGUGAACCGGCGCGAAUUAAUGACAACGGCCAAGUCCGGUGUCAUUGUCAAUGCCAGCCUGUUUGUUCGUCUGUUGGUGGAUAGUCUGCCUGUCCUGAUGUUGACUGCUUAUCAUGUGAAAACCGACGAGAUCGGUUUUUUUGGUAUUGCUAUAUUGAGCCUUAUUCUUGGCUUGCUGCCAUUGGCAAUCAUUGCACAAAGGGCCCUUCCUGAGUUGGUCGAGGUCAUCCAUGAUAAAAGCGAGCUGCGCGAAAGAGAAACUGAUAUGUGCGGAAUUUUGGGCUACAUUCAUAACGGAACGCGGGAAUCUAUUGAUUUCUCUUCGGCGCUUUCGUUUAUUAGACGUCGUGGGCCUGAUGAUCAAGGCGUCUGGGCCGAUACCGACGUUGGUGUAUGGCUGGGCCAAGUGCGGCUUUCCAUUCUCGAUACGACUUCAGCCGGUCACCAACCGAUGGUCUCUGCCGAUGGGCGAGUGGUCAUGGUGUUUAACGGUGAAAUCUAUAACUUUCGGGAACUACGGGCUCAUCUCGAAGCGGCGGGGGAUCAUUUUUCCAGCCAGUCCGACUCCGAAGUAUUGCUCGCACUGUUCUGUCGUUAUGGGAUUGAGUGUUUAAACCGCUUGAACGGGAUUUUCGCGGUCGUAUUCUGGGAACGCGACACUGAAACACUUUGGGUGGCUAGAGAUCAGAUGGGCGUCAAACCCCUCUACAUCCAUUCCAAUGAUGGUUGUUUUGCAUUUUCUAGUGAAAUGAAAGGCUUGAUCCGAGGCGGCUUCAGUAAAACUGAAAUUGACCCGCAAGCCGUACUCGCGCACCUUGGUUUUCUCUGGUCACCAGGUGAUCGGACGAUUGUGCGGGAUAUCAAAAAAGUUUUACCUGGCCAAGCGUUAUGCGUUCGUAAUGGGCAUAUUGAGAAGAGCUGGUUUUACUACGAACUGCCAAUUUCCGAGAAACCCCUGACAAAAACGGUUGCGGAUGUCGCUGUUGAUGUUGCCGAUGCGGUCAGAACUGCCGUCCAGCGUCAGUUGGUGUCCGACGUACCGUUGGGUUCAUUCUUGUCAGGCGGCUUGGACUCCAGCGCCAUCGUCGCGUUUGCAGCGCAGGAAAUGCGGGACAAGGGGCGGUUGCAGUGCUUCAGUAUCCGUGUAGACAACGGCUCCACUGCAAACGAGGGGUUCGCCGAUGACCUUCCGUACGCACAGCGCGUUGCCAAGCAUCUGGAUGUCGACCUGCAUGUCGUAGGCGUCGGCGAUGAGAUGAUGGAUCGUCUGCCGGAAAUGGUUUACCUGCUCGAUGAACCUACGCCGGAUCCGGCCGCGUUGAAUGCGUUGUUCAUCUCGGAACUGGCGAGCCAGAACGGUAUCAAGGUCCUGCUGUCGGGUGCCGGGGGAGAUGAUAUUUUUACAGGCUAUCGUCGUCAUUUCGCUCUGGCACAAGAGCGCUGGUGGGGCGGCAUGCCUCGACCGCUGCGUUCGGUACUGGCCCGUAGCUCAAGCUUGCUUCCGGCGUCGUCUCCGCUGUCUCGUCGCCUCGGGAAGGCUUUUCGCUACGCGGACUUGCCUGCUGAUGAUCGCUUGAUCAGUUAUUUCCUCUGGCUUGAACCUGAUCAGGCGUAUGGGCUGUUGGCGCCAGACUUGCGACGCCAGUUGGCGGCCGAUGAUCUGUUUGCGCCUAUGCGAGAAACACUUUCGCGGCUGCCUUCGGAUGCAACACCUCUUGAUAAAAUACUCACCCUGGAGUGCAAGCAUUUUCUCACCGAUCACAACCUCAACUACACCGAUAAAAUGGGUAUGGCGACGGGCGUUGAAGUGCGUGUUCCGCUGCUGGAUCUUGACCUAGUACGCCUGGCGGGUUCACUGCCAUCGCAUAUCAAGCAAAAAGGCCGGGAAGGGAAAUGGAUUUUCAAGAAGGCCAUGGAACCCUAUCUGCCUCACGACGUCAUCUACCGGCCCAAGACGGGCUUCGGUGUACCGCUUCGCAACUGGUUGCAAGGACGCCUGAAGCCUUUGGUCGAUGAGGUGCUUUCUCCUGCAUCCCUGCUGAAAAGGGGGAUUUUCGACCCCAAAGCAGUGGCGCAUCUGAUCGAAGCAGAUCGUUCAGGCCGAAUAGACGCUGCUUAUACGUUGUUUGGCAUCGUUUGCAUGGAGCUCUGGUGUAAACAGUAUCUGGACGGCGAUUUUGCCCUGGACGGU